AUGAACCUGCUCGUGCUGCUGGCGUCCACGUCCUUCUGGGACAGCGUCUCGCCGGAGCUGUCCAGUCGCAUGAGCAUCUCGCUGACCAUCAUCCUCACCCUUGCGGCAUACACGUCCACCCGUCCGGCCGCAAUCGAGAAGGCCCCGUACGUCACCUUCCACGACUGGUGCGAGCAGAUGGGCAUAGUGAUCGUCACUGGCAUCUCCGUUCACAACGUGUUUGCGGUGGUGAUGUGUGGCGGGGAACACGGUGAGGCGCCCGUCUGGAUGGCGGAGGAGUUCGAGCGGAACGAGGACCAGACUCUUGCGGGAUAG